AGAAAUGUGCAGGCAGCGCGUCCUGUUACCAUGGUACCUGCCAUUGCUGGAUCUGCAGACAUGACCGUCCCUCCUCGGCGCCCGUUCUAUACACCGCGUGAGGUCUCUCGGCACUGCACCCUCACCGAUCUGUGGGUGUCCUACCUGGGCAAGGUGUACGAUCUCACCCCGCUGGCCAAACAACACAAAGGGGACGUUUUGUUGAAGCCGAUCAUUGCGGCCGCAGGAAAGGACAUCAGCCAUUGGUUUAAUCCCAAGACUGGUGAUAUUAAGACGUACAUAGAUCCGCAGACGGGCUGUUUGAAGUAUUACACUCCUCAGGGACGCUUUAUCCACGUGCCUCCAUCGUAUCCGUCGACAGACUGGGACAAUAGCUUUGGGCGUCCAUGGUGGAGGGAUCCUUCCUAUGAAAUCGGUAUCCUGUCUUCCAAAACCAGGUUCAUCCGUAUCAUCAAUACGCUGACUUCUCAAGAGCACACGCUGGAGGUGUGUUCAGAGGAGAACAUGUGGGAGAUCCUGCACCGAUACCUGCCCUGUAAUGCCCACGCAACCAGUUACACGUGGAAGUUCGAUGGGGUUCCCCUCGACAUGGACAAAACCCUGCAGGAGAACGGAGUGCGGGACGAGGACGAGGAGUUCGAGCAGCUGACGAUCGAUUCCGACCUCUUUACACCCAGUAUACUCCUGUAUUUUAACGAUGACCUCACUGAAUAUUAGAAAACAAGAGUAAUGAUUCGGGGCGAGAACAAACUUAGCCACGAUUAUGUCCUAUAGCUGAUCAUUAAAUUGUAGUGCCAAUCUUACCCGUCAUGACAGUCAGUUCCUUAUUAGGAGGGGGUAUAUUUUAAUGCCAGUAGAAACAAGUAAUUCUAUUAUAUAUUAUACCUGUGAAAUAUUAUUAUAGCAGUUUUUGUCUGUGUCUGUGGCCAAAAGCAGCAAGGAGUCCACAAUAAAUCUGUUUCAUUUUGUAACUUU